GGAUCAUAGCCACAGGCCACAGCUAGAAAACGGUGCUUCUUCUUCGUAUUAUUGUUUCUGUCGCUCAGCUAUGGCCUCAAGCACCUCCAUUGAUUCUACCCUUUCUAACCAAAGGCUAUCAGGGAAAGUAGCACUGAUCACUGGAGGAGCCAGCGGGAUCGGAGAGAGGAUCGCUCGCCUCUUCCACAAACACGGAGCUAAGCUCUGUAUAGUUGACCUGCAAGACAACCUCGGAAAGAACGUCUGCGACUCCCUGGGCGGCGAACCCAACACCUACUACCUCCACUGCGAUGUCACGAAAGAAGACGACGUUUCUCGAGCCGUGGACUUCACCAUCGAGAAAUUGGGAGCCCUUGAUAUCCUGGUCAACAAUGCUGGGGUAACAGGUCCACCUUGUGCAGAUAUCCGAGACGCCAAGUUAUCGGAUUAUGAGCUGGUGUUCGACGUGAAUGUGAAAGGCACCUUUCUGGGGAUGAAACAUGCAGCGAGAGCAAUGAUCCCAUCCAAGAAAGGCUCGAUUGUGAACUUGUCCAGUGCGGCCAGCACGACAGGUGGACUCGGCCCUCACAUUUACACUGGGUCGAAGCACGCUGUCCUUGGUUUGACGAGGAGUGUUGCUGCUGAGCUUGGGAAGCAUGGCAUCAGGGUCAACUGUGUUUCUCCCUAUGCCGUCCCAACCGGGUUAGCUCUGGCUCACUUGCCGGAGGACGAAAGAACUGAGGACGCCAUGGAUGGGUUUAGAGCUUUUGCUGAGAAGCAUGCCAACUUGAAAGGGGUUGGGUUGACACCUGAUGAUGUGGCCAAUGCUGUGCUCUUCUUGGCGAGUGAUGAAGCGAGGUAUGUCAGUGGUGAUAAUCUGAUGGUUGAUGGUGGCUUCACUUGCACAAAUCACUCACUUCGUGUAUUUAGAUGAGGAGUUGCAGUCCAGAAUCCAGAUGGUAAUUCUGUAAUUGCAUAUGCAGCUCUUUUCUUCAUUUCUUACUUCCUGUUUCAACCCAGUUCUCUGCCAUUUCCCUUCCAAACAAAAACCCAAGAAAAUC